GAGCGUGCGGAGAUGAGCGGGUCCCUCGGCCGAGCGGCGGCGGCUCUGCUCCGCUGGGGGCGCGGCACGGGCGGCGGUGGCCUUUGGGGUCCGGGCGUGCGGGCGGCGGGCUCGGGCGCGGGCGGCGGCGGCUCGGCGGAGCAGCUGGACGCGCUGGUGAAGAAGGACAAGGUGGUGGUCUUCCUCAAGGGGACCCCGGAGCAGCCCCAGUGCGGCUUCAGCAACGCCGUGGUGCAGAUCCUGCGGCUGCACGGCGUCCGCGACUACGCGGCCUACAACGUGCUGGACGACCCCGAACUCCGACAAGGCAUUAAAGACUAUUCCAACUGGCCCACCAUCCCGCAAGUGUACCUCAAUGGCGAGUUUGUGGGGGGCUGUGACAUUCUUCUGCAGAUGCACCAGAAUGGGGACCUGGUGGAAGAACUGAAAAAGCUGGGGAUCCACUCCGCCCUUUUAGAUGAAAAGAAAGACCAAGACUCCAAGUGAGGGCGGCCAGGUCCUCACUGAGCAGAGAGGGAGCCGUUCACGUCAGAGACUCACUGCCAGAAAAGCCUUACCCAUUUUGGUUUUCACUAUUGAGACCGCAGCUGCUUGCACUGAUCAUUUUGGUUCAUGAGCAGUUGGGUGAUUUUAGUUUGUCUGGUGUUUGGGCUAAGAAUAUUUUAUUGUGGACUUAAUUCCAACCACUGCACUGUAACGAUUCAAUGCUGUAUUAUGAGAUUGCUGUAAACAAAAUUCAUUCUUGUAUUGUCGCUUAUUCUUUGCCUGAUUCAGGAGUUAAAUAGGAGCUUUGGAAUCAUUAUUCGUGACCCCUCUGCAAAUGUGUCAGUCUCCAAAGACAGUAUCUCCCCCCAGAUUUUGUGUAGCUUCUUUUGUUACGGAAAAUGAUGGACAAAAAAAGAAACUGUGAUCACUGAGGCGUUGGCAUUGUUUUUUAAAAUAAACUCCAGCACAGGG